UUUUAAAGUGCAAUUUCUGUAGUGUAUUUUGUGACCCUGUGAUUGUGUCUGACGCAGACGUCAGUUUGAGUGGCACUAAGAAGGCUGUUAGCGGCGGAUUACGUUGAAAUAGAUGUAAAAGUAAGCAGCCCUGCAGUGUUUAGCUCGCCCGUGGGAGAGAAGCCAUAUUGUUCUGGUUUGAGAAAGAUGAGUGACUGGGAUGAUGAUGAUGAGGAGCCCAAUACAAGUGCUUUAUCAAAAGUUGUUCAGCAUGAAGAUUUGGGAUUACCAAUGAGUUUUGGCUCUAACAAAGAUAAAAAUGAAAACUGGGAACCUGUGGCAUGGAAUACUGGAGCAGAUAAUAGUGAUUAUUCAGGAAGAGGAGGAUUUUCAAGAUCAGGAGGAGAAGGAUCAUCAUCAGAUAAAACAUGCUACAAGUGUAACGAGGUAGGGCACAUGGCAAGACAGUGUCCUUUUGAAGUGAAAAGUGACAAUCUUAACAGAGGUCAAGGUUUUGGAAGAGAACGAGGACAGAGGGGUGGAACUUGUUUUAAGUGUAAUGAGGAAGGGCACAUGGCAAGACAAUGUCCUUCUGCAGUGCAAAGUGACAAUAUUAACAGAGGUCAAGAUUUUGGAAGAGAACGAGGACAGAGGGGUGGAGCUUGUUUUAAGUGUGGCAUUGAUGGUCACUUGUCACGUGACUGCCGUAAUACCGAAGAUGGUGGGAGAGGUGGAAGAAGGGCAUUUGGAGAAAAGAGAGGCUGUUUCAAGUGUGGAAGUGAAAUGCACACGACUCGAGAGUGUGUAAAUGCAGCACCAGGGAAAGCUAGUGGAGAGGAAAGAAUCCGUCCACCUAUAUACGUCCCUGAAGACCUAGAUUCUGACAAGCUGUUCGAGACUGGCAUUCAUACGGGUGAAAACUUUCAGAACUAUGAUGAUUUGCCAGUCAAGGUAACUGGGACGGAGCCAAUACCUGAAGCUGUGGGAGACUUUCAUCAUAUGGGCUUUCAUGAGAUCUUGGAGUCAAAUCUGUCUAAGGCUGGAUAUAUGCAACCAACACCAAUUCAGAAAUAUGCCUUGCCAAUUAUUGUGGAGGGUAGAGACCUUAUGGCCUGUGCUCAAACUGGUUCAGGAAAAACGGCAGCAUACCUGUUGCCUGUGAUUAACGAUAUUUUGCAAAACAAGCUGGAAGGAAAUGCUCCUGUAGGAUGUGGUCAGCCUUUUGCAUUGGUUAUUGGGCCAACAAGAGAGCUAAUAUCACAGAUUUACGAUGAAGCCCGUAAAUUUUCAUUUGGAACAGAUGUGCAGUGUGUUAGAGUGUAUGGUGGAGCAGCUGUAAAUAACCAACUUCGCCGAUUAAAGGACUGUCAGAAUCCUAUUGUGAUGGCCACACCAGGAAGAUUACUGGAUUUUGUGAAAAGAGGAUAUUUGAGUUUUGAACAUCUGAAGUAUCUCAUUUUUGAUGAGGCUGAUCGUAUGUUGGACCUGGGAUUUUCUGAUGAUAUGUUACAACUUAUUCAGAACCCCACUAUGCCUGCAAAAGGUCAGCGAUUAACCAUGAUGUUCAGUGCAACGUAUCCUGAAAAGGUACAAGAAUGUGCACUUGACUACUUGCAUAACUACUUAUUCCUUGUAGUUGGUUCUGUUGGUGCAGCAAACAGGGAUGUUAAGCAAGAAAUUCUACACAUCGAUAAUGUUAAAAAAAGGGACACGCUGAUUAAGAGUAUUGUUAAUUGUAAAGAGGGUGAGAAAAUCUUGGUAUUUGUAGAAAGGAAGCUGCAAGCAGAUUUUAUUGGAGCUUUCUUAAUUACCCAAGGUAUCAGUGCUACAACAAUUCAUGGUGACAGAUAUCAGGAGCAACGUGAGGAAGCUUUAUCAGCUUUUAGGACAGGAGUUAACAAUGUCCUUGUUGCAACAUCAGUAGCUGCCCGUGGUCUGGAUAUUGUUGGAGUUGAAAUGGUAGUCAACUUUGACCUACCAAAAACUAUAGAUGAAUAUGUCCACCGCAUUGGUCGAACUGGUAGAGUUGGUAAUCGUGGAUAUGCUAUAAGUUUCUUCAAUGAAGAUGAGGAUAAACCUAUUGCUAAAGAUUUGGUCAAGAUUCUUGAUGAAGCUUCUCAAGAGGUUCCCGAUUGGUUAAUGGCGAUUGCAAAGACAAGUGGACAUGAACAAACAUACCAUGGAGUGGGUCGCUUCCCUAUGAAGGAUAUUAGAUCAAAGCCUGAGCGUUGGGAGCUCCAUGGUGGACCAUCAGAUGUUCCUACUCAAGAUGAGGAGGAGGAUUGGGCCACAUAAUGUGAGCUGUAUGUAACAUCUCUGAUUGAAUUAGGAUUAAAUGAAGUGCUCGGAUUUUAUCUUGAUUUGUCUAAAGAAUUUUCUUAUUCCUGAUUUGAUUUUGUUAAUGUAAAAAUGGAGGUCUUUGCUGCAUUGAAAACUAUAACUAAAUUGGGGAAAGUGCCAAGCCAUGAUGACUAUAUAGCAUUGAAAACUAGCUUUGAAAUAAUUGUUCAGGUGGCGUAAAAUAAAAUGUAAAAUAUUUUUCCAGGGCCAAUAUGAGACGUGAAUAUCAAACUUUUCAGUCCUGGGCUUUAUUUCUUAACUUUAAAAUUUCAGUCUAGCAUAAUAUUGAGAAUUUUCCUUAAUCUUUAUGUAUCUCACAAAGGGUUGUUGCAUUGAUAUUGCAGCAGUGUUUUAACAAGUCUUUAUGGUGAUGCAUGUUGUAAAGUAUGUUUUGUGUUCACAAUAGGUUCACAGUUACUCAGAUUAUACUAAGUCAUUUGUAACAAUAUCUAGGGAGUUGGUAAGGUGAUGUUUGAAUGUUCAAUCAUUAGUUUAAAAUAUUAAUGUAAAGUACAUAUAUUAAAUGUAAUGUUAUGAUAGGCCACACAAUGUCUUAGUCCUUCUCAAAACGUUCAAGUGUCUUUAUAGUGACUGCAUAGUGAGAGGUUGUAAUUGUUACUUGAAGGACGUUUACAGUGUUUUAAUGUUUUUGGAAUGUGGUAAUAGGUUAACAGGCUUUAUGCUUGUAAUAAUGUCAUGAUGAAAGUCUCUGUUACUGUUUAGUGUAAGAGCAGCCAUGUUCUUUAACAUACAAGGAAAUAUGAUUAGUUGAUUAUGGGAAAGACACUUAAUUUGCAUGAUUAAAAAUAUUGAAAGUUAA